GGUAGGCUGGGCCAUUGCCUAGUGGGAGGCGGUCUAGGCAGCUGCCACUGCACUCACUGCUCACCGCCACUACCAGAGGGAGCCGGGCCUGGUGGAGACAACUAUUUUUUCAGGUGAGAAUCCUGACUGGCCCAUGGGCCUCUGAGGAGGCAUCAUAAGUCUGCCCAGCUCCCCACUUGCUGUGCUCCCACUCAAUGGGAAGGGAACCAAGGCCUUAUCCCACCAUAAGCCACGGCCUCGGCCUCUUGACAACACCAGGAUGGAAGUCAAAGGUCAGCUGAUCACCUCUCCCACUUUCAAUGCCUCAGCUGCCCUGUUUGGGGAGGCCACUCCCCAGGUGAAGUCAGAGCGUCUGAGGGGACUGCUUGACCGGCAGCGGGCUCUACAGGAGGCCCUGAGCCUGAAACUUCAGGAGCUACGCAAAGUGUGCCUCCAAGAGGCGGAGCUGACUGGCCAGCUUCCCCCUGAGUGCCCGUUGGAGCCUGGUGAACGGCCGCAGUUGGUCCGACGGCGGCCCCCUGCAGCCCGAGCCUACCCGCCACCGCCCCCUAAUCCAGUGCAUCAUUCCUUGUGCCCUGCUGAGGUGAGCAGAUGGCCAGGGAGGACAGGUAAAGGAGGUUUCAUUACACAAAGCUAUAAUAUAACUGCUCUCCGGAGGCUGCACGAGCUGGAGGAGCAGCUUGGGGACCUCCGAGCCCGCCUCGGUCUCCCCGUGCUCCCGCUGUCCACAGGGGCAGUCAUCACAGCCCAGGGUGUCUGCCUGGGCACACGCCUCGCUCAGCUCAGCCAAGAGGAUGUAGUUCUCCACUCAGAGAGCAGCUCCCUCUCAGAGUCUGGGGCCAGCCACGAUAAUGAGGAUCCUCGUAGCUGCUUCCCUCUGGCUGAGCGCCCCUCGCCGCCCAAGACCUGGGACCAGCUGCGGGCAGUAUCUGGGGGCAGCCCUGAGCGGCGAACCCCAUGGAAACCACCCCCGUCAGAUCUUUAUGGUGACCUGAAGAGCCGACGGAACUCCGUGGCCAGCCCCACCAGCCCUACACGCUCGCUGCCCAGGAGUGCCUCCAGUUUUGAGGGGCGAAGUGUGCCUGCCACCCCUGUCCUCACGCGGGGCGCUGGCCCCCAGCUCUGCAAACCUGAAGGCCUCCAUUCACGCCAGUGGUCUGGCAGCCAGGACUCCCAGAUGGGCUUCCCCCGGGUGGACCCGGCCUCGGACCACCGCGCCUCGCUCUUUGCAGCUCGCACCCGUCGCAGCAAUAGCUCUGAGGCCCUCCUAGUGGACCGGGCAGCUGCGGGUGGAGCUGGCUCCCCACCUGUGCCUCUGGCUCCCCCUGCCCCUGGUCCCCCAGUCUGCAAGAGCAGCGAGGUGCUGUAUGAGCGCCCCCAACCAGUUCCUGCCUUCUCCUCCCGCACAGCUGGCCCCCCAGAUCCUCCCUGGGCUGCCCAGCCAAGCUCAGCUGCCCCUGCCUCCCGUGGGGCCCCCCGGCUCCCACCUAUGUGCGGGGACUUCCUCUUGGACUAUUCCCUGGACCGGGGCCUGCCCCGAGGUAUUGGUGGGCCAGGCUGGGGGGAGCUGCUGCCUGCAGCUGAGGUCCCAGGACCCUUCUCCCGCCGGGAUGGGCUCCUCGCCAUGUUCCCAGGCCCACCACCCAUGUAUGCAGCUGACGGCAGCAGCCCCCUCCUCCGCAGCAAGGACCCUCACACCCGGGCCACACGCACCAAGCCCUGUGGCCUGCCCCUGGAUGCCGCAGAGGGUCCAGAGGUGCAUCCAAACCCCCUGCUGUGGAUGCCCCCACCCACCCGUAUCCCUCCAGCUGGUGAGCGCAGUGGCCACAAGAACCUUGCCCUGGAGGGGCUACGGGACUGGUACAUCCGGAACUCGGGACUGGCCUCGGGGCCCCAGCGCCGGCCUGUGCUGUCCCACAUGGGCCCGCAACACCCACCCUUCCUCCACGCCCGCUGCUAUGAGGUGGGCCAGGCGCUGUAUGGGCCCCCCAGCCAGGCACCCCUCCCGCAUUCGAGGAGUUUCACGGCGCCCCCUGUCUCCGGCAGGUAUGGGGGGUGCUUUUACUGAUGGGUAGGGGGUCUCUUCAGGUAGAGGGCAAAGGUCUCUGGGCUAAAAGGGGGUGAGCGCCAAUGACUUGGACCAUGAGUGCUGGCUGCAGCCUUAGCACAGGGUCUCUGGGCCCUGCCUGACGUACAUUAGUCCAUGGGGUCUUGGUGGAGGGGUAUCUUGGGCCCUGGGAGCAGCAGUUCCUUGCAAAGAUAUAGAAGAAUUUUAAUAAUUUAACAAGCAGUGCAUGUCAGCUGAAAAUGGACCUUGGAACCAGGGUGCUGGGAGGAAGGGACAUCCUGUGCCCUUGCCUUUCUCUUCCUCUUUUAACCACGCCCCCUGCUUGCCAGCCUCAAGGUGCUGUCCUGUGCCUCUCUCCACCUCUUUAACGAGCCUCUUUUCCUCUCUCUUUCUGUGUCUUGUACGUCUUUUCCUCUCUUCUCUGUCUUCCCACCCUGUCCUCCGGAUUCCUGCUACCCCUUCCAAAGAUACUACGCGGACUUCCUGUACCCCCCGGAGCUGAGCGCUCGUUUAAGUGACCUGACGCUAGAGGGGGAGCAGUCCUCCAGUUCUGACCCUCAG